CUACAGCGCUAGUGACCGCGUGUUUACCACGCGGCGCGCAUCAUAGCUCGCUGACGGCUAAGUCCCGUGACUGCGCAUGCUCAAUAAGAUAAAAUUUGGACUUAGUCGCAGUGAUUGCAGGCCGCCGCCAUUCUUUGCCGAAGCAACCAACAGAAGAAAUUUGUUGGAAAUGGCAACUUCGGACUCCGAUCACCCAUCACAAUCGGGCAAGGAAAAUAACUCUGAGUUCGGUGGAGCAGUUUCGGCUGCUGACUUGAAAGCAAGGAUGCAAGGUGUUAAUAACAAUACAAACCAUGCUUCUCAUAAUGGUAUUUCCAACCACAUCAGCAAGUCCGGUAGCUCAGGCAGCUCUCUUUCACCAUCUCCAGUCAAGAAUGUUUCUAGUUCAUCUGAACACAGGGAUCGUUCCAAAGACGCAAAUAGCAAACACUCCAGCUCAUCAAGUUCUAGACAUAAAGAUAGUUCAUCUUCAUCCAAACACAAAGAGUCCAGCAGUGGCUCAAGCAAACCCAAAGAGGGUUCAUCGUCAUCAUCAUCCAAGCAUAAAGAAGGCUCAUCAUCUAGCUCUUACCGGGAGAGCUCUAGUUCAAAACACAAGGAAGGCAGUGGGUCUUCCAGCUCCAACAAGUAUAAGGAAGGAGGAUCUUCAUCCUCCAUCAGCUCCAAGCUAAAGGAGAGUUCUUCCUUCUCUAAGCCUAAAGAGAGCAGCAGCAGUCAUUCCAAGUCAUCAUCAGAACACAGACAUUCCUCGUCCUCUUCUGACAAACACAAGUCCAUCACCAACAACAGCAGUGAAAAACAUAGAGACAAGUCUAAAGAACAUAGCAGCAGUAAGCAUAGCAAAGAGCACUCUUCUUCAUCAUCCAGAUCAAAAGAGGGCAGCAGUAGUGUUCACAGUACAUCUGUUAAAAAAGACAAAGAUUCUGGGAGUAGCAACAAAGCAGACUCAUAUUUUCACAAGGAAUCAUUUAGCAACAGUCCUACUAAGGUGAAAAGUGAACCAUCUUCUCCUCCCAAAACCACGAGAAAGGAGCCACCUACUCCUGGGAAGCAGCCCAAGUCAGAGCAAGCUUCCCCUACAAAGAUGGCCAAUGCACAACCUGCAAGUGCUCAGCCUAGAGCUAAACAAGAACCAACUAGUGAUGAUGAAGACACACCUUUGUCUGUGCGUCUGAUGGAAACCCAAUCUUCUAAAGCUGUAAAGCGCCCUAAAGAGGAAUCUGAUGAGGAUGAUGAGCCUUUAUCAUCCAGAGUUGAUAAGGUGAAAAAGCAGAAGAUUGAAGCAGCAAAAAAAAGAAAAUUUGAAGAUGAUAGCAAGAAUUCCAAAUCAGCCAAAAAGGUAAAGAAGGAAGAUAUAAAGGGAGCACCACGGACCAAAAAAGAGAAGCAGGAACAGGAUGAAGUCGGUGUCUGGCGGUGGUGGGAGGAGGAAAAGCGUGAUGAUGGUAUCAAGUGGAAUUUUCUGGAGCACAAAGGUCCUGUGUUUGCGCCAGCUUACGAACCACUACCACCAGACAUCAAAUUCUAUUAUGAAGGCAAAGAAAUGCUGCUCAGCUCAGAGGCAGAAGAAGUGGCAACAUUUUAUGCAAAGAUGUUGGACCAUGACUAUACCACAAGAGAGAUCUUCAAUGAAAAUUUUUUCAGGGACUGGCGUAAAGCGAUGACAAAACAAGAGAGAGAGAUCAUCACAGAUCUUAAGAAGUGCAAUUUCACUCAGAUGCAUGAGUAUUUCAAAGUAAAAAACGAAGAGCGAAAGAACAUGACUAAAGAACAGAAACAAGUAAUUAAAAAGCAGAAUGAAGAAAUCACCAAGGACUAUGGUUUUUGCACCAUAGAUGGCCACAAAGAAAGAAUAGGUAAUUUCAAAAUAGAACCUCCAGGGCUGUUUCGUGGACGUGGUGAUCAUCCAAAACAGGGUAUGCUCAAGCGCCGUGUCUUGCCAGAAGAUGUAAUUAUCAACUGCAGCAAGGACUCGAAAAUCCCAGUGCCGCCAGCUGGACACCGUUGGAAAGAAGUACGUCAUGAUAACCAUGUGACUUGGCUAGCCAGCUGGAAUGAAAACAUUCAGGGACAGACUAAAUAUGUCAUGUUAAAUGCAGCAUCAAAGCUAAAGGGUGAGAAAGACUGGCAGAAGUAUGAAGUUGCUCGCCGGCUUCACAAAUGUGUGGACAAAAUUCGUGCUACUUAUCGUGAAGACUGGAAGUCCAAAGAAAUGAGAAUCCGCCAGCGUGCCGUUGCUCUCUAUUUUAUUGACAAGCUGGCACUCAGAGCAGGUAAUGAAAAAGAAGAGGGAGAGACAGCGGACACGGUUGGCUGCUGCUCUUUACGCGUGGAACAUUUGACACUUCAUGAGGAAAAAGAUGGCAAGCAGUAUGUGGUAGACUUUGACUUUCUUGGUAAGGAUUCAAUUCGCUACCAGAACACUAUACCCGUGGAGAAGCGUGUCUUCAAGAAUCUUCAGCUAUUUAUGGAGAACAAGCAGCCAGAAGAUGAUCUUUUUGAUCGUCUCAAUACAACCAUCCUUAACAAGCAUUUACAUGAGCUGAUGGAAGGGCUGACAGCAAAGGUGUUCCGUACUUACAAUGCCUCUCACACACUACAAGAGCAGCUCAAUCUCCUCACAAACCCCGAAGACUCUGUUGCUGCCAAGUUGUUGUCGUAUAACCGAGCCAAUCGUGCUGUGGCUGUGCUAUGUAAUCACCAGCGGGCUGUACCUAAGACUUUUGCCAAAUCCAUGGAAAAUCUGCAGAAUAAGAUUACAGCUAAAAAGAAAGAAAUAAAGGACGUGAAAAAGGAUAUCAAGGCUGUCAAGGCAGACUACAAAGCAACAAAAACUGCCAAAGCACGAACUAUGUACGAAAAGAAGAAGAAAAUGUUGACUCGCUUGGAAGAGCAGCUGACAAAGCUAGAAGUGCAGGCUACUGACAAGGAUGAAAACAAAGAAAUUGCCCUUAGCACCUCCAAACUGAAUUAUCUUGAUCCCCGCAUCAGUGUUGCCUGGUGCAAGAAAUUUAAUGUGCCCAUUGAGAAAAUCUACAAUAAGACUCAACGUGAUAAGUUCCGCUGGGCAAUUGAUAUGGCAACAGCAGAGUUCCAGUUUUGAUGAAGGCCUUUGGUAGUAGCAGCUGACCAUAACAUUUGGCUUCUUUCCCCCCCCCCCCCCCCCUGCUCCAACUUAAAUCAUGCGUCUUCUGACAUUUUGUCAUCAGAAUUUUACAUGUACUUCCAUUUUACUCUUCUGCAGUUCUCCACGUUUAUUUGUUUAUGCAUAUAUAGCUCUUGCCAAGGUUGAAUCUUGAUAUUUCAGUCUGAAGGUCAUUUUUUAAAAUGUCAUUAAAAACUCACAGGAGUUCUUAUCUCACUUUAUACAUGUUUGUGCAUGCACAUCCAUGUAAUAUACACACAAGUAUGCAAGUUUGUAUGAAUAUGACUUAUUUUCACCCUCACCUAGAAGUAUGGACCUGGUUUGAGGUUAUAUUGAUCAAGUCUUAGGUUGUGUAGUUUUAAAUUAUGGCAGACAACAUAAGGGCAGUGAUCUUGACUUUAAAUUUAGGAAAAGCGGCUUGCUUAAAACACUAAAGGUUUUUAUGAUAAUAUAUUUAAAAAAAACUUAAUAUUCUAAAUGUAAAAAAAUGAUUUCUUUUUGAAGGACUGAUAGUUUAAGGCCACACUUAUGUUAAAAGCAAGGAUGUUAGUAGAUUAGAUAUAUCUUAAACAUUUUAAGUUCUACAGCAUAGGCAGAAAUCUGUGCUAGAAAUGUGGGAUUCAGAGAAGUAUAGAUUUUUCAUAAUGUUCGGAAGUAUUUAAAUCUAAAAUGUUGGAUAUUUUUAGCUAAUACAUAUUCAUGAAUGUACUUUUUCUUUUUAACACACAAGCUAUCAAUUUUAUUGUAAAUACUUUUUAAAACUCUGUAUGCCUUCUCAUACAUUUUAGUGCAUUCAUUACUCAUUGGUUAAUCAUAUCAAAUUCCUGUGUGCUUAGCAAGUAUGAAUGUCAUGUCUUACCUGAAAAUUGUUGUGGGAUAUGGGAUAGGGCUUUUCAUUUGGACUUUGUCUUAAGAUUUAUAAUGAGCAUUUAUAAAACUUUUGUACUCGUAAAGGUUUUUGUUUUUAUUUUCAUUUGCUAGCCCUUUUUUUUUUUUUUUUUGGAGGUUCACCACAAUUAGUAACCAAAAGGCUAGUGUAUGCAAGUGGUGCAAUGAAGGAAUGUAUACCCGGUAUAGUAAAGAGUCAUAAGAAAGAUUCUUUGGGUUCAUAUCUGAACUUGAAAAAAAAAAAUCCACAUUGCCAGCAGGUUUGUUUCUGAUGAUGAUUAUUCUACAUUUGGCAAAGUAAUUAAGGUCUUCAGCUGUUCUAGGUCUCUGAUUUUAGGAAUGUUUGCUUAAGGGCCAUUAUUUUGUGCGUGUGUGUGUGAAUAUGUGUAUAGCCAAAAUGAGACUUGUCCUAGAGCUCUUGGACUGCUGAGGAGACAUUUUAGAGGUAGUUGCUCUUCCAGCAGUAUCUGCCUUUAUUACCAAUAGACAUCUCUUUGGAUAGUGGAUACAUAUUUUUUGCUUUCAAUUUUAGCACUGAUCAGGGCACUCUUAGAUUGUUACAGGGUUAAUGGUUAUGAGGAUAUUGCUUUUUUUAGGCAGAGGUCCAAGUUCUGGCACUGUUGGUAUUUGUUCAGGCGUUGACAUUACUGUAACAAUGUCACAUAUGAUUGAGAAAAGGUUAUUCUGAUCAGCUUCUCACCAAUGAAAUAGUUCGGUUAACAAAAUCCUGAAGCUCCAAUAAGAUCUGUGCUGGUCAAAUACACCUAGCAAGCAGUUUAGCAGCUACAUGUAAUUUUUUUUGGAUUCAGUAUAAACUUGUAACAUUGUGCAUGUUAUCUGUAUUUUUUGAAAUUUUGACUACCUUUCUGAUAUAUGGGAAGGCAGUACAGGUAGUCCUCGGGUUAUGACGGUCUCAAGUUAUGUCAAUUCGUGGUUACGAUGCUCACUCUGACUUAUGAGGUUUAGCGUCGUAAGUCGAACUGUACGUGCGCUUCAUUCCACAUGCGGCGGAAGUCAUAAGGCAAUCUGAGUAGGGGAAAACAGCAACAGAAAUUGGCAGGUCAUUAGGACUUAGUCAUUCGACUGUUGCUACGAUUAUCAAGGAUAAAGAUUGCAUCUUUGAACAUGUGAGAGGAUCUUCUCCUAUGAAAGUGACAGUGAUAACAAAGCGUACUGUACUGCACAAUAUUUUACUGUACUUAUGUUUAUUGAUAAUUAUGUAGGGUACUGUGUUAGGAUAGGUGCUUGGAUAGUGUUUGCAGUACUUUACUGUUAUUAUGGUCCAGUACUGUAUGAACGUAUGAUCCGACUUACGUCGAAAUUCGGUUUAUGACGCCGCGUAAGAACGGAUCAGCGUCGUAAGUCGAGGACUACCUGUAUAGGCUAGUGGUGCUCACAUGUGGAGCAGAAAGCCAUUGUAUGAGGCAUGCUUGGCAUUUUGCCUGCAAAACUCAAUACCCAUUGCCCACCCAGCAGGUGCUCUGCAGAAAUGAGGUAUCUGAUUUUUCAGGACUGUGAAUCAUCCUCACUGCCCCCAUGGCCUUUAGAACUUUCUUAGGUGUCUAACUGCUGCAUCACCUUAUACCAUAGCCACAAUAAGAUGUACAUUAUCUGAUUCAGUUGUUACACUGUUUUGUGCAUUUCAUGUCUCAUCAUUGUGUGCAUAUCUUGGCUACUGGUAAUUUUAUUUUAGCACUAAAAUGCUCAAGGUGGUGUGUACAUUGUGUUGUAGUUUGACAGCUUGUUUUGGAUAAACGGUCUGAGUUGAGCAGAGUGAGAAAGUAGGAAGAAGUCUCCAUUGACAUACUUCAAUGUAAAAAAAAAAAAAAAAAGUAAUUCCUAGGUUAUUAUAUAGAUGUUAAUUUGCUUCAUAAAUUUAGAGCAGAUUUUAAUGUGAUAAGUAGUUGACUGUUGUGUAAUGUGUGCAUGAUGUCCCUGCUGGUGGAUCCAGAAAGCAGCUAACAAGAACUACUUAUUUCAGUAUUGGGUUCACAGUAUUUGACAAAACAAACAAAAAAGUGAUAUUUGUAACCAUUAACUAGUUUUAUGGGUUUUUUAAAAAAAAUAGGAAUCAGCAUUGGAAAGGCACUGUCUUUUGGAACUGUUGUUUGCGGAAAGUGCCUAACAAGGAAAGAGAAAAGAUGUGCAGUGUCUUCUUGCCCGUUUGUUUUUUUAAGUGCAGGUGAGAUUUUAGUGAUACACCGACACCAUAAUCUGUCUGUCUCAUUUAGGGUUGGUUCUUUAGAAGUGUUGGGCUUCUUUUUUACCAUCCUCUGUAGAGCAUGUUGGCCCCAUGCAGUUUUUCUUUAUUAGAUCAUGUUGUUAUUUUAAUAAGGCUUGACAUCAGCAUUUCUCCUACCUCCCCCCCCCCCCCCCCAGCCUCCAUGAUUACCUAACUGGCAUGAUAUUGUUUUCGAACCGCCAUUUCACCUCAUUUUUUUUUUACCCCUGGUAUCCUUCAUGUGCCUGGCUGUUUUAUUCUGGUCAUUUCUAAAACUUUCCAUUAAUGGAAACCUGAAUUGGAAUAUUUGUACUCUUUGGUUUGUUUGUAUACCUCUUGGUGAGGUUAUCAUCAAGAGAUGUUUCUUAUAGUAUGUAUCAGUGUGUGUAAAGGAGAAAUGCAGGUCUUCACUAAAGAAAUACAAACUUCAUUGUAGAUUGAGUUUUAGGUUUAACAUUAAUACUUUAUGUACAAUGUAUUAAUUUCAGAGUUACAUGAAGACAUCUAAAGUCAUUUGUAAAAAGUAUCUAAGGCUGUUCCACUUAGCUUUCCCCAAGUUUUUUCAUUCCAGAUUUUUGGGGAGCACAGAGUAUCAAGCCUCCUGAAAUCAUGUAAUGAUGCCUUAAUGCCCUCGGUGCAACAAAAAUAAAGCAAUUCACAUUU